UCAAAGCAAAAGCCAAAGAAAAGCAAGAAAUGCUAUUGAAAGAGCAAAAAGCGAUUGAAGACAAAGAAGAAAAAAGGCAAACUGCUAAGCAGGUGUUUGAAAAAUGGAAACGUGAGCACGAUCUAGUCCUCAAAGAAAAGUACAGAGAACAGAGAGAAGCUAUACGUAAACUGGAGUUAAAAAAACAAGAAAAGGAGGAAGAAAGACAGAGAGAAAGCAAAUCUGCUUUUUCUAACUGGCGCGACAAGAAGAAGGACGUUCUCCAUGAAAAAGUCAUGAUGGAGCGUAAAGAAAUUAAAAACAAAGCAGAGGAGGAACGAUACAUGAAAGAGGAGAGAGAUAAAAUAGCUUUAGAGAUGUAUGAAAACUGGCUGGCACGGAAAGAUCUAGAGCAGAAGAGACAAAGAGAAGAAAGACGAAUACAAGCCAUACUCCAAGACAGUCCACCUCCGCCAUGGAGCCCUCCUAAUAAAACUAUACCGUUUGGAAAAUAACAUUUGAUGUGUGUUGACAUGUACCACACAGAGAAUAUCUGUGGGUUGUACGUGACAUUUGAAGUUAAACGUUUUGUACUGUAUGUUAGAGUGUUGUUGUUGUUGAUGGCAACUGUUAAAUUUAAUAUUUUUUAUAUUCCAGUUUUGCAUAGCCAGUAGCUCUAGUGCAAGUAUUUGCAACAAUAUCUUCUGUUACUAGUCAUGCAUCAUAAUUUAAAGCAGCAAAAAAUAUUGAUGGAAAGAGCUAAUAUAAUUAAACUACAAAUUCUUAUAGUUAUUUUCAUGUAACGUUUUAGUUUUUAUCUCACUAAGAGGAAACAUUACACAAUAUUUGAAACUGAUCUGUUUAACACUCGUUUUGUGUUACACAUUACUGAAUUUGUAGAUUGUUGGAUUUAUUUGUUAUUAUUUAAAAUGCUGGUCAUUUUUUACGGGUCACCUUUUUUAUGUUUUUAGUCAUUUUAUAGCAUUUUUUCCAUCAUCCAAAACAUCUACUUUACAAUUAAAGUAGUCUUUAAGAAUUUUUUGGGUGAUGCAACAACACAACACUAAUUUGUGCCUUCCAGAGAUAAGCAUUUUAGGUUAACAUUUGUUUAUGGCCUGCAGUUAGGUACUAUAUUAUCCAAUAAAAGACUACAAAAA